UUGGCUACCCCAGGUUAUGGGUCAGUAAGCUUAAAAAAGGAGAGAGAGAGAGAAUUCUUAAACACCGAAGGGUGUACGGAAUGAAGCCCUCAGAAAUGGGUGUGCUUGUCCCUACCUGUCACCAAAAAACCAUGUAGCAAAACCCCAUCAUUAAAAACGUGUCUGAAACGAACUAAAAAAUGUGACACGUGCUUUGUACAAUGGACAAUGUGUAUGUAAAAUCAGGACAACAUCCCACACUCCUAUAUCCUUUAGAAGAAGGUCUUACAGAAAUCUAUUUCUUAUUUGCCCAUGGUUGUGCUGGGACUUGCAAAACACAAAAAGUCUAUACCCACUAAAACUUCUGUUUGACAGAGCAGGAAGGGGGAACACUAAGCCCCCUACCUUUUGGGCUCAAUCCUGCUACGACAGAGGGUAUAGUCACCUAUGCAAUUUUCCCCCCGACAGAUGGGUCGGAGCGAGGACUCUAAUCCUCCCGCUAUUGCCCAGAACCUCUACGACCGGGGAUGUGCACACCUGAAUGUUCGAUCACUUUUUAGCAGCAUUUACAAUACUCACAGUGCACAGCGACACUACCUCAGAAGGAGGUUGUCCAGGCCCCUCCACUCUCAUGCUCCAGGGCAGACGCUGGGCUCAGCUGGGUCAGGAAGGAAUCUCUGCCCAGCUCCAAGGGAGAGGGUCGCUCCAUGGGGGGCACUGCCUGUGGGGGGUAGGAGCCCUUCUCUGCUCUGAGCUGCUGCUCCAGGGAGGCUAGAUAGGCCUGUUGGAAAAGCUCAGGGCAGCCUGGGCACCUCGUGACGACUCCUGAGAUUCCCCUGUUCCCAGCUGGUCCCCAGACUGGGCAGCUCCCACGUGGGGCAGGGCAGCUGCAGGAGGGGAUGUGGUUUGCUGGGCGUGGCAGGGAGCUGGCUUUGCUCUGACCGCAGUAGAUUUGGGCUCGAAAUUGCAGAGAAACCAUCUGAUGGGGAAGAAAGGGGCCGAGCGCAUCAUGGGCUUCCUGGGGCUGUUCCUCAUUCCGCUCGCACUCGGGCCUCAGCCUCGGGGGAGCUCAGCCCUGGGGCCUUGGUGGCAGCUCUGAGGGGCCCCCCACUGCCCCAUCAUGGUGUCUGCUCUCACUGUCCUCCUUCUUAGCUGCUGGCUGGCUGGACACAGCGCGGUGUGGGGAGGGCGUGAAUUUCUCAAACCCACCAUCUCAGUGAGCCCCAGCUGGGUGGUGGCGCUUGGGGGAAGCGUCACCAUCCGCUGUGAGGGUUCAUACCCGGGCAGGGAGUUCUUUCUGCAUAAAGCUGGACACCCGAACCUGCAGGUGCAGACGGUGCCUGAUGGGACCGUGGCUGAAUUUCCCAUCCCCAGUGUCAGCCAGGAAGAUGGAGGGAGCUACACCUGCGAAUAUCACUCCAUAACGGAACAGAAUCGCUGGUCGUAUCCCAGCGACCCCAUCGAGAUGAUUGUAGCAGGUGAGGGCGGGCCCUGGUUCCACUUAAUGUGCUUAAGGAGUGAUACAAGUUUAUAUCUUAUUCUCCUAACUCCAGAUAUAGAAAUAAUACAAGCAAACAAAUAGGAUGGACACACUUAGUAGAUUACAAACUUUCUAA